AUGCUUGGUCUCGGUGCAUAUGAGAGCAGCAGUGAAGAUGAGGCUGAGCUUAACAGACAAUCAUCUCAACUACAGCAUACCAAGGAGCCUUUAGUCGCAACAACAUCAACAGACCAGGGUCCAAUUGAGUCGCCCGACGAAGAGCCAGUGUCCAAGGUCAUUAUCAAUACCACAGAACCGGUCCCGAAUGGGCCCGUUCUUGGUCCCGAGUCAAUUGACCAGGCACCCGAUGCAGGGAGUGCGCACAUAACGACAAAAGCCUCAUCUCCUUUCCUGGAUUCAAGAGUUCUCAUUCAAGACCUCACGCUUCCACCGGUUCCUAAUCUAGACAUACCACCCUCGCCCCCUGGAUCUCCCGAUGCAGCCGCGAAUGCGAAAUUUGAGCAUUUCCUCUCGCUCAAAAAGCAGGGUGUACACUUCAACACGAAACUUGCCAGUUCCUCAUCACUCAAGAACCCCAGCCUACUGAUGAAGAUGAUGAACCAUGCUGGCAUCAAUGAGAAAUGCCAGUAUGACACUUCGCUACCGCUUGACUUGUGGGAUAUCUCUAGUCUACCAAGAUGGGGAUUCAAGGAGGAGCUUCUCAACACCCAGCAGACAUUUCGACAAAAGGUGGAAGAGCAAAAGUCAUCGGGCCAACGAAGCUCUCUUGACUUUGUCUCUGGCUCUGCUUGA